GGGCCACACGUAGGGGAAUGCAGAUCUGGUUGGAGUAGGGGGUAAAGGGGGCGGUGGGGCAAGAUGGCGGCACACCUGUCCUACGGGCGAGUGAACCUCAAUGUGCUGCGCGAGGCAGUGCGUCGCGAGCUGCGCGAGUUCCUGGAUAAGUGCGCGGGAAGCAAGGCAAUAGUUUGGGAUGAGUAUCUCACUGGACCCUUUGGCCUGAUUGCACAGUAUUCACUGUUGAAGGAACAUGAAGUGGAAAAAAUGUUUACACUUAAAGGAAGUCGUUUGCCAGCAGCCGAUGUCAAGAAUAUAAUUUUUUUUGUCAGACCCAGGCUAGAAUUAAUGGAUAUCAUUGCUGAAAACGUGCUCAGUGAAGACAGACGUGGCCCAGCAAGAGACUUCCACAUUUUGUUUGUGCCACGACGUAGCUUAUUGUGCGAACAGCGGUUGAAGGAUCUGGGUGUUUUGGGAUCCUUUAUUCAUAGGGAGGAGUAUAGCCUAGAUCUUAUUCCUUUUGAUGGAGAUCUCCUAUCCAUGGAAUCGGAGAGUGCAUUCAAAGAGUGCUAUCUGGAAAGUGACCAGACCAGCCUGUACCAUGCAGCCAAGGGGCUGAUGACCCUGCAAGCUCUAUACGGGACUAUCCCCCAGAUCUUUGGGAAAGGAGAGUGCGCCCGGCAAGUGGCCAAUAUGAUGAUCAGGAUGAAGAGAGAGUUUACAGGAAGCCAGAAUUCAAUAUUCCCCGUGUUUGAUAAUCUCUUGUUGCUUGAUCGGAACGUGGAUUUAUUAUCGCCUCUUGCCACUCAGCUUACGUACGAAGGACUCAUUGAUGAAAUUUAUGGCAUUCAGAACAGUUAUGUGAAACUACCUCCGGAGAAAUUCGCCCCUAAAAAGCAGGGCGAUGGUGGUAAGGACCUUCCCACAGAAGCAAAGAAGCUUCAGCUGAAUUCUGCAGAGGAGCUGUAUGCUGAGAUCAGAGAUAAAAACUUCAAUGCUGUGGGCUCCGUGCUUAGCAAGAAAGCAAAGGUGAUCUCCGCAGCAUUCGAGGAAAGGCACAACGCCAAGACGGUUGGGGAGAUCAAGCAGUUCGUUUCACAGCUGCCCCACAUGCAGGCAGCGCGAGGCUCCCUUGCAAAUCACACCUCAAUUGCAGAGCUGAUCAAAGAUGUAACUACUUCUGAAGACUUCUUUGAUAAAUUGACAGUGGAGCAGGAGUUUAUGUCUGGAAUAGACACUGAUAAAGUCAACAGCUACAUUGAGGAUUGUAUUGCCCAAAAACAUCCCUUGAUCAAGGUGUUAAGGCUAGUUUGCCUCCAGUCUGUGUGCAAUAGUGGACUCAAACAGAAAGUUCUGGAUUAUUACAAAAGAGAAAUUCUACAGACCUAUGGCUAUGAGCACAUCCUGACCUUGCACAACCUCGAGAAGGCUGGUCUGCUGAAGCCGCAGACGGGGGGCAGAAACAAUUACCCAACUAUCCGGAAAACGUUACGCCUUUGGAUGGAUGAUGUAAAUGAGCAAAAUCCCACGGACAUAUCGUACGUAUACAGUGGUUACGCCCCACUCAGUGUGCGACUGGCCCAGCUGCUUUCCCGGCCUGGCUGGCGGAGUAUUGAGGAAGUUCUGCGCAUCCUCCCAGGGCCCCACUUUGAGGAACGGCAGCCGUUGCCCACAGGACUGCAAAAGAAACGUCAACCAGGAGAAAACCGAGUCACUCUGAUCUUUUUCCUCGGGGGUGUAACCUUUGCUGAAAUUGCUGCCCUGCGAUUUCUCUCCCAGCUGGAAGAUGGAGGUACAGAAUAUGUCAUCGCCACCACUAAACUAAUCAACGGGGCCAGCUGGAUAGAGUCACUAAUGGAAAAACCUUUCUAGGGUGUUCCAAGUAGACUUACCAAUGAACUACAGAAUAAACUGCUCCUUUGAAGAAGUUACGGGAACAGCAGUGCAGUUCCAUGGAGAAAUAACAACAGGAAUGCAGAAUUUACUUUGGGGUCAGCUUCUUAAAUUAGGCUGUUUUUUCCUUUCAGUUUCUCUUUUGGGUUCUUAAAUUUUUUAAAGAAGAAUGGAAGAGACUCAGCCUGUGUAAAAGAAAUCCCAGUUUUUAAUGUUCUGAGCCCAGGAUCGCCAUUAGAGACCUCUAGAAAUAUAUGAAGGAUGGUGGGGAUGGAUAAUCUAUUCAGCCAUAAAUGGGGCCAGUUCUUAAGAACACAGGGACCAACCAGGUAAAAAUGAAAAUAAAAGUGGAAGUCCAACCCCUAAUAAACAGUGCUGAAUUUCUUGGAGGUGCAUCAUGCCUAGGGCAGUGGCCAAGUGUUAGGGGUCUGGGGCUAGUAUCUCAAAUCCCUGAGUUUGAGAUUUUUUCCUGUCGAACAUGGCACCUUACAUCCAGUGUCACCAGUCUCUAUGUUACCCGGUCGUCAGGGCAAGUUUUGGCUCCUUCUGUUUUUGAUUCCUCUGCUUCUAAAAAAGCAAAAGGUUUGGAAGAGCUUCUUGCCCCAGAACAGAGUUUACGCUCUCACUGAUCAGCUCAAUUGAUGUGGGUCCCCGACUUAUCAAGGGCUUUUUACAUUGAGGAAGACAGCCUUCUGAGAAUGUAUUUGAAGAUGUGUUCUUAGUGCAUGUGUUAUUAACUCGUAAGAAACUUCAGUGGUAGAUGCCUUCAGUUUUCUUCCCUGCUCAUCGUGAGCCCCACCAUCCAGCUGGUUCCCCCCGUAAGCAAGGACAGCUUUGCUUCAGCAUGUGGCAGCUCCCCCUCCCAGGUAAGUGCCACACCUGCUGCCCCAACAGUCUGCAGCCAUUGCUUACACAGCCGCCGGUGUUUGUUUUGCUAGGAAACACCCAGCUCCCUGGUCUGGUGAUGUCAUCCCCCUCCGGUAUAGCUUGUUGGUGAUCCAGGCAUCCAGCUGCUACCUUUCCCGGGGGAGACUGCUAGGCUGUGGAACGGAGGAGGGAAGGUGCUGGCGAAGUUGGAAAUCUCCCUCCUGCUCUGUCCCAGCAUCUGAAAGAGUUAAGGCCAAGAAGGGGACUAAAUUAAUGGUUUUACAGCCCUUGCCCAAGUCUCCAGCAAAAUUAGUUGACACCCCCCCCCACUCUUUGCUGGGGUCCAAAGUCAGUGUCCCUCCCCGGAUGUCAUUUUUCUCUUUAAAAAAAAAAAGAUUUGGCUCCACUGGGUCUCAGUUGCAGCACUUGGGAUCUUCUUCACUGCAGCAUGUGGGAUCUAGUUCCCUGACCAGGGAGCAAACCCAGGCCCCUGCAUUGAGAGCGCAGAGUCUUAGCCAGCAGAUCACCAGAGACGUCCCCCGAGGUGUCAUUUCUGUUGUUAAUUAGUACCUGUACAGGUUUUUGUCUCUAGUGAAAUUGUUAGCACACACCAUGUUAUGAGUGAAGGAGAAAUUCUGCAUUAAAAAAAAAUCUCUGGAAUGUAAAAAUGAGGGGUAGAAGAGGGAAUAUUUAAAAGAUUAGCUUCUUGUGAAUUUAACUUGGUUUUAACAUUCAGUAUUUGGAAAGGUCUUAAAGAAAGCAAUUCCUGUUUUAGGAAUCCUUUCUCAACCCAUUGUUAGCCCAGGGAGAUUAGUUUAUACCUUCCAGCCCCAGUGGCCCUCAGUCUCAGCUGCUGUAGAAAAUAAAACGCACCUUGUCCGUCA